AUGGUGACGAAAACAGAGGAGACGCAGUUGAACCAGCUCGAGAUUCAAGUCGACAAUGGCGGAGGCGGGGCUUGGGAGUACCUUUCACUCGUUCGUAAGCUCAAGGUUCGCCGAUCGGAGAUGGUGUUAAAGCAUGGUUCCUCGAUUUUGAGUGAUCCGGGGAAGAGAUCUGCUCUCGGUCCAGAUGUAUGGACCCUACAUGAGCAAGUGGCAAUUGCAGCUAUGGACUGCCAGUGUUUUGAUGUCGCACAGAACUGCAUUAAGGCGUUGCAGAAGAAAUUUCCUGAAAGCAAAAGGGUUGGGAGGCUGGAGGCAUUGCUGCUUGAAGCGAAGGGAUUAUGGGGGGAGGCUGAGGAAGCAUAUUCAAGCCUUUUGGAGGAUAAUCCACUCGACCAAGCAAUACACAAACGAAGGGUGGCUAUAUCCAAGGCACUAGGCAAACCUUCCUUAGCUAUUGAGCUUCUUAACAAAUAUCUUGAAUUAUUCAUGGCUGAUCAUGAUGCAUGGAGAGAACUUGCAGAGAUUUAUCUUUCCUUGCAAAUGUACAAACAAGCAGCUUUCUGCUACGAAGAGCUCAUACUAUCUCACCCUACUGUUCCAUUGUACCACCUAGCAUAUGCUGAUGUUCUCUACACAAUCGGUGGAUUAGAAAACCUCAUCUCAGCAAGAAAAUACUACGCAGCCACCAUAGACUUAACAGGCGGCAAAAACACGAGAGCUCUUUGCGGAAUCUGUUUGUGUGCAUCCGCCAUUGCACAACUCUCAAAAGGCAGGAACAAAGAGGAUGCAGACUCAACGACGGCCCCAGAGCUCCCCUCUCUGGCUGCAGCUGCACUAGAGAAAGAGUACAAACAAAAAGCUCCGGACAAACUCCAGCUCAUCUCUUCCGCCUUACGAAGCUUGAAACUCUGA